UUCGGGCUGGGGGCGGGGCCAUGGCGGCGCUGCCGCUGCCCCUCCCCCUGCUGCUGCUGGCCGGGGUGGCCGAGGGGACCCCGCGGGGGACGGAGGGGACAGCGCUGGACCUGGGCCGCUGUCGCUUCGCCCUGGGCAUGGAGGACGGGACCAUCCCCGACUUUCGCCUCUCGGCCUCCAGCGCCUGGUCCGACUCCACCGCCGCCCGCCACGGCCGGCUGGGCCGCAGUGACGGGGACGGCGCCUGGUGUCCGGCGGGGCCGGUGUUCCCGGCCGAGCAGGAGUUCCUGGAGGUGGACCUGGGCCGGCUGCACCUGGUGACGCUGGUGGGGACCCAGGGACGCCACGCGGGGGGACACGGCCGCGAGUUCGCGCGGCAGUACCGGCUGCGCUACAGCCGCGACCGGCGCCGCUGGCUGCGCUGGAGGGACCGCUGGGGCGACGAGGUGAUCGGUGGCAACGAGGACCCCGAGGGGGUGGUGCUCAAGGACCUGUCCCCGGCGCCGGUGGCCCGGGCGCUCCGGGUGUACCCACGGGCGCCGCGCGCCAUGAGCGUCUGCCUGCGCCUCGAGCUCUACGGCUGCCCCUGGGAGGCCGGGCUCUUGUCCUACACGGCCCCGCGGGGACACGUCAUGGCCCUGGACCCCGUCCCCAUCGUCCUCAACGACUCCACCUACGACGGCUUCAGCGCUGGCCCGUUGCACUUCGGGGGGCUGGGCCAGCUCUCGGACGGCGUCCUGGGCCUCGACGACUUCCUGAGGACCCGCGAGCGCCGCCUGUGGCCGGGCUACGACUACGUGGGGUGGCCGCGGCCACCGGGGCCCCACCCCCACGUGGAGCUGGAGUUCGAGUUCCAGGAGCUCCGCACCUUCCACGCCAUGCAGGUCCACUGCAACAACCUCCACACGCGCGGCGUCGGAAUCUUCCGGGCGGUCGAGUGUCGCUUCAAGAAGAUCUUGGCCACGGCCUGGGAGCCCACGGUGGUCACCCACAGCCUGGCCGGGGCCACCAAGGACCCCAGCGCCCGCUCGGUCACCGUCCCCUUGGGCAGGCGCCACGCCCGCUUCAUCCAGUGCCGCUUCUUCUUCGGCGCCGAGUGGAUGCUCUUCAGUGAGGUGUCCUUCGUCUCAGAGGUGCUGGACGACCCCGUGGGUGCCAGCGGGUGGCCCCCGACCCCUGACCCCUCUGCCGCCAUCUUGGAAAACGCCCACGCCGGGGGCGGGGCCACCAACACCACUGCCCUGGCAGCCCCCGGGGAGGCCGGACUGGUCCCGCCGGCGGCCCAGGGCGAGGCGGGGCAGUCGCCGGCGCUGCUGGGCUGCCUGGGCGCCAUCAUCCUCCUCCUGCUCGCCAUCAUCAUCCUCAUCCUGCGGCGGCGGCGCGGCGCGGCCGGGCCGCUGGGCAAGGCCCGCGGGGCGGAGGCGGCGCUGCGGGUGCAGCUCUCGGGGGACACCGUGGUCAUCAACAACGCCACGGCGGGGGGAGGGGCGCGGGGGGGACCCCGCUACGAGCGGAUCGGAACCGGGACCGGGAACGGAACCGGGACCGGGAGUGGGGAGUACCAGGAACCCACCCGGGCACGGCCCCGAGCGCCCCCCGAGCCCCCCGGGGCUGCCAACCCGGCCUAUCGGCUGCUCCUGGCCACCUAUGCCCGGCCAAUAGGAGGCCUCGCCCUGGCCCCGCCCAACGCCGCCAAGCCAAUCAACACUGACGGUGAGCCCGAGGUGGGGGCGGGGGCUUACGCUGAGGCUGACGUCACCGGGGGCUCCGCCUACGCCCUGGCUGGCCCCGCCCUCAGCCCCGCCCACGGCCCCGCCCUCCCGGCCUUCCCUCGGGACCGCCUCCGCUUCCGGGAGAAGCUGGGGGAGGGGCAGUUCGGAGAGGUGCUGCUGUGUGAGGUCAUCGCCCCCCACACCCUGGGCCUGGCCCCGCCCCCCGGCUCAAGCCCCGCCCCCCUGGCCGCAGAGCGCCCCCUGCUGGUGGCGGUCAAGGUGCUGCGGCCGGACGCCACCAAGAACGCCCGGCGGGAUUUCCUGCAGGAGGCGCGGACGCUGGGCCGGCUGCGGGACCCCAACAUCGUGCGGCUGCUGGGCGUGUGCGGGGGGCCGGGGCCCCUGUGCAUCGUCACCGAGUACAUGGAGCACGGAGACCUGCACCAGUUCCUGGGCGGGCCCCGCGGCCACGCCCUCAGCCUGGCCACGCUGGUGCACCUCGGCGCGCAGAUCGCGGCCGGGAUGCGCUUCCUGGCCGCGCGGAACUUCGUGCACCGGGACCUGGCCACGCGGAACUGCCUGGUGGGGGAGGGGCUGCGGGUCAAGGUGGCCGAUUUCGGGAUGAGCCGGAGCCUCUACGGCACCGAGUACUGCCGGGUGCGGGGCCGCGCGCUGCUGCCCAUCCGCUGGAUGGCCUGGGAGAGCAUCCUCUGGGGGACGUUCAGCCCGGCCAGCGACGCCUGGGCCUUCGGGGUGACGCUCUGGGAGGUGCUGACGCGCUGCCGGGAGCCGCCCUACGGCGCCCUGAGCGACGAGCAGGUGAUCGCCAACGCCGGGCACCACUUCCAGAACCGCGGCCAGCAGCAGUACCUGCCCUGCCCCCCCGGCUGCCCCCCGGCCCUGCACCAGCUGAUGCGGCGCUGCUGGGCCCGCGAGGCGGCCGAGCGGCCGGACUUCGGCCACCUGCACCGGACCCUGAGUGACCGCGGGGCCCUGGAGUGACCAUCGCCUUCAUCAUCAUCGUCAUCAUCGUCACUGACUGCCCCUCGGCCACCUGCACCGGACCCUGAGUGACCGCGGGGCCCUGGAGUGACCGUCACCUUCAUCAUCAUCCUCAUCACCUUC